AUGGCCGAAGGUGCGUGGUUCCCUCCCCUUCCUCUCGUCUCUUGUUCGGAGCCUUCCUGUAUCUCCCCACAUCCCCUGUUUUCGUGCGAAGUAGAUGCCGGAGCUCGGGCCGCGGAGGAGAGGGGACGGCAAGCUUCCCCUUACGAGGAGGCGUUGGCCUGCUUGUCCUCCCUCAUCACCCGGCGCACCCGGGCCGACGGCGCCAACAAAGGGGAUCAUUUUGAUUUGCUUUUCGACUACAUCAAGGUUUAAUUUUGCCUUCCGCUUCUUCUUCUUCUUCUUCUUCUUCUUCUCCCAGAUUGGUGUCGGUAGAUUUCAUUUUGAAUUCGUCGGGUGCUCGACGAUGUAGAUUCUAGAAUUGGAAGGCCCGAUUUCUCAGCUGCGAGUCAUCCAUGUCGCUGGAACAAAAGGGAAGGUAACAGCAGACUCGCCGAGUGAAUUGUUUCCUCUCUGGAUCUCCGUUCCCUGCGCUGGGCUGAUGAACGGGGUAUCUGCCGACCUAGGGUUCGACGUGCACGUUCUCCGAGUCCAUUCUUCGCUGCUGCGGCUUUCGCACCGGGCUCUUCACGUCUCCUCACCUGAUCGACGUGCGCGAGAGGUUCCGACUGGACGGGUGAGCUCCUAGAACACAAGCUAACGUCGAUCUCAUUGCUGUGCUCUCGGCGGCGUGGCCGGUUCCUCGGAAUUAGCCCUUCCCAAUUGCCUAAAUGCUGGUCGGAUUCCAUAGAUGCGAUAUCUCCGAGGAGAAGUUUUUGGAGUACUUCUGGUGGUGCUGGCGCAGACUGCAGGUGGGCAAACACCAUUCACACCGUUUCCAGUUUCCGAGGAUUUCUGCCGGCUUACAUCGUCUGAUACGGCGGUCUCUUCUCCUCUCCGAGGAGCGACCUCGCCGUCCUCUUCAAUGAUUACCGAUCUUCUUGCCUCCACGAUAAUGCCUGCUCGCUAUAUUCUUUCUCCCUCUUUCAUGAUUCUACCAGCUGGUUCGCAGGAGAAAACCAACGAAGAUGUUCCCAUGCCCUCCUAUUUCCGGUUCCUUGCCCUGCUUGCGUUCAAGAUAUUCGCCGCUGAGAAGGUCCGUUCUACAGCCAUUUUUCUCUGGCCCCUUUGUUGAGAAUAUGGUUUCCAUACAGUUGUCAUAGCACCCAUCAUCAUUAUCUAUCAGAAAGUCGUCGUUUUUUGUCAACAGCCGUGGAGCAAGGUCGUGUUUCUUUCUACUUCCCCGCAUGGUUUCUACUGGACCUGUAGUCACAGUGGUUCAGUUCUCGUGAUGUCUCGCAAUUUCCUGAAUGAGUUGAGACGACGUGCAGGAGGUGGAAGAAAGAACAAACCGACCUCUUAUGAUGCUGCUAAUCAGCUCAGUGGAUGACAAUCAGAAACGCACACCAAGAUAUGAAAAGAGAGAGAGAGAGAGAGAGAGAGAGAGAGAGCGAUCUUGGGUAACUUUGAAAUCAUGUCUCAACAGUUUCAGUAGAUGAAUGAAGUCUAGACAAGCUGUUUUGCGACAGUGUUUUGCAAACUUGCCGUUCUUCAAGGCUCCCCAGCUCCAGAUAUCCUCUGUAGGAGACUUAGAAUCUUUAUCAGGUCAAUAUCUUGCCUUCUGUUGGGCAAGAUAUUGCAGAGAACAGGUUAAGUGAUCAAAAAAAUGUUUUCUUUUCUUGUCACCACCUCCUUUAUCACAACCCUUCAUUGAGUUCCACAUUAGAUCAGACGAUUCAGACUCAAGUCUGGGUAAACGUCGACACAACGAGGGUUGACUUGUCUGGCUCGUCGGAUCUUUGUUGGAGACUUUGACCUUGCUACUUUAGCACCAACUAUGGAAGGGUGGGUCUCCUCUGCGUGGGGAUGUGGAAGAUGUUCAAGCCAGUGAAUAAUCUCAGCGAUUAGUAGUUCCUCCUCCCAGGAGAUUAAUUGAUGACAGUGAUGUGAAUAAUGUGUUCUAAACGUAUGCUGUUUAUUAGUCUGAGGAGAAUUUUUGAGUUAUGAAACAGAAAUGCUUCUCUAAAAAAAUGAAGGAUUCGGGAAUGAGCCCCCUCACCUGAUCUACACUUUCUCCAUGAAGGUAGAUGUGGCAAUUCUAGAAGUCGGCCUGGGCGGAAAGUUCGACGCAACUAAUGUGGUGCGUGAGUCAUCGAUUCGUCGCCGUUCAAUAUCUUCUCUUUAUCCAAUUGGGCUCUGUUGAAAACAAGAUCACGAGCAUCUGGUUUCUCCUUCUCAUGCCGACUUUUUGAAUCGAGUGGGCCCGGGGUUGACUAUCGGUACUUGUUCUUCAGGUGCAGGCACCUGUUGUCUGCGGAAUUUCUUCUCUGGGCUAUGACCACAUGGAAAUUCUUGGUAAUUUAUCUGGCACCAAGUCUCUGCUUUCUUCCUAAUCACCCCUACUAUCUAUCUAUCUAUCUAUCUAUCUAUCAGGCAUAUGAAAAAUCUGGGUUUUUCGGAUCUAUUUCUGGAUGGACUGAGAUAUCUAGCCUCGAGUGGUUUUCCUCAUCACAUGCUGCAGCUGUUUUCUCUUCGGCAACAGUUAUUUGACAAUGUCUGGUUCAUCCUUUGCCGGGCUGGACAGGAAACACGCUCAGAGAAAUCGCCGGGGAGAAGGCCGGCAUCCUCAAGGUUUUCCUCUGCAGUGAACUCUCAGAGAACAGCUCUCUGGACCGUGUUUCAGAACCUCUAUGCCAUCUCAAUUUCUCCUUUCAUUUCAUCACAGCAUGGCGUUCCGGCCUUCACUGUCCCUCAGCCCGAAGAAGCAAUGGCCGCCCUCAAGGAGAAGGCCUCCCAGCUGGGAGUAAGUUCCUUGGCUCCCAGGCUAAUACGUAGACAUUUACUUCUGCUCUGAAACCGUGCACCUGAUAGAUCCCUCUGGAGGUGGCGCCGCCGCUGGAUACAUGGUCACUAAAGGGCCAGAAGCUUGGGCUCCAAGGGGAGCAUCAAUAUGCAAAUGCGGGCCUUGCGGUCGUCUUGUGUCGCACCUGGCUCCAAAGGACUGGAAAUAUGGGGGAGGCCCUUCUUCCAUGUGGCGUGAGUAUCCUUCUGAAGAAAUUUCUCCUUCUCUAUGCUAUACAGAGAAGAUGAUCCUCUGUUUUCCAUUUGGCGCAGGCCGAUCUACCCGAGCAGUUCAUCAGAGGGCUGGCGACAAGCCAGAUGCAGGGCCGCGCCCAAGUCGUCGUUGACCCGGUCGUCAGCCAUCAGGGUCCAAGGAAUUCUGGUUUCAGGCCUCUGGUUUUCUAUUUGGACGGUGCUCACAGCCCAGAGAGCAUGGAAAUGUGCGCGAAAUGGUUUUCUUCCAUCAUCAAGGAAGACUCCCAGGAGGAGGGCCCGGGGGAAGGGAGGUUGGACGAUAAUGCCAAUGCCCAGCAGGUGACAGAUUGCUUUUCUUCUUUCUUUCUUCUUUGUGUGUGUGUGUGUGUUCUUGUAGGUGAUGCUAAAACCAGACGAACUGCAGAUCCUUUUGUUUAAUUGCAUGCCUCAGAGAGACCCUCGGUUGCUUCUCCCGCGCUUGCUGAAUACCUGCUCUAAUCAUGGUAAUCGAUGCCUCCUUUUGUUCUGAAGAUGCCGAUUCUGCCAUGGGUUGCUGCAUAAUCCGCCCUCCUUGCGAUUGGAUUCCAGGGGUCCACUUCCACAAGGCCAUCUUUGUCCCCAGCCAGUCAGCAUUCAACCAGGUGGGCUCCCACUCGCCGCCGGCGGACAGUCCUCAGGUUGAUCUCUCAUGGCAGAGGACACUCCAGAGAGCGUGGGAGAGCCUCCAUGGCGGAGACAGAGGUAUCCUCCUGCUUCGCGCUGAAAGUCAAAAGGGUUUUGAUCCGGGAUGCUUGAAUUUCACAAACCAAGAAAAAAAAUAUGAAUAGGCAUCGAUCGGUAUGCUCAGGGGGAGCCUUGUUCUGUCUCAAUGUGAUUCCAGAUUCGGUCAACGAGGCCAAGGAAGAUGCCCGGCCGGAUGCCGCGGAGUACACGAGGAGCUGCGUAUUUCCUUCUCUCCCUCUGGCUAUCAAGUGGCUGAGAGACGGCUCCCAGCAGAAUCAGAUCGUUCGUUUCCAGGUAUGCAGAAAAAGACAAGUUUUUUUUGGCUGCGGCCUUCCUUCCGGACCUCUGCCCGUUGACCCGCGGGUUUUGUUGGCUUCCUCGCCGUUUAGGUGCUGGUGACCGGGUCCCUGCAUCUGGUGGGCGAUGUGCUGAGAUUGCUGAAGAGGUGA